AUGCCUGAGAAGGUGCACACUCAUUUUGGUGGCUUGGACGACGAGUCACCCAACAAGGCUCCCAAGAUUGUGCCGGAACCUACCCCGGUAGACGAUACUGGCCGAAAACAGAAGCGAGCCAAGAAGCGGAAGCGCGACGGGCUCGCCGAGGAACCCCAGGCGCAUCGCAACAAUGAACCACUUCAGACCAAGGAGCCGGUGAAGGUCAUUCCGCCGGUUACAAAAGAGCCUUCUGCAGCACACAAGGUGAAAAAGGCUCCUGAACCCGAACCGCCCUCCGACCAAACGCCCGCGCCGAAGCCGAAAGCGAAGUCGAAACCCAGGUCCUUCACCGAUACCAAGACCAACUUCACCUCCCUCCGCGAGAAAGCCAAUGCCCUCUACGAGCUCCGCAAAAAGCUCCCUAUCUUCGGUCACGCCGAUGAGAUCCGACAGAACCUCCGCGAGCAAGAUGUCAUGUUGUUGGUUGGUGAAACCGGUAGUGGAAAGAGUACCCAGAUCCCGCAGUUCCUGGUGAACGAGUUCUGGUGCCGACCGACACCGGCGAAAGUACUGCGAGAGGAUGGGUCCGAGAAGUCCAUCAUGGUCGGCGGAUGCAUUGCGAUUACGCAGCCGCGUCGAGUCGCUGCGAUUACGCUCGCACGGCGCGUGGCCGAGGAGAUGGGUACACCGCUUGGCUCUUCGUCGCCGGCGAGCAAGGUCGGCUACUCGGUCCGUUUUGAUACCUCUACGUCACCGAGUAUCCGGGUCAAGUUCUUGACGGAGGGUAUGCUGCUCCAGGAAAUGUUGCACGAUCCCUGGUUGACCAAGUAUAGCGCGGUCGUGGUGGAUGAGGUACACGAGCGCGGUAUCAAUGUGGAUCUGGUGGCGGGAUUCCUACGAAACUUGGUUUCUGGGAAGCGCGAGGGCCGUGGAGGGAUCCCGCUCAAGGUCGUGGUGAUGAGUGCUACGGCGGACAUGGAGAGUCUAAUGGGGUUCUUCCAGGAAGGAUUCCAGGAACAGGAGCAGGUGCAGAAGCAAAUAUCGAACGGGACUGAGAACGGGACUGAGAACUGCCAGACGAAAGAGCAGAGACCCCAAUCCAGGGCGAUCUCGGCUUGCCAUAUCAAGGGCCGACAGUUCCCUGUCAAGACGAUCUAUUCGCCUGAGCCUGUCCACGAUUUUGUGGACGCUGCGCUCAAGAUUAUCUUUCAAAUUCACUACAAGGAGCCGAUGCCCGGCGAUAUUUUGGUUUUCCUUACCGGCCAGGAGACCGUGGAGAAUCUUGAGAACUUGGUCAACGAGUAUGCCAUCGGGAUGGACCCCUCGCUGCCCAAGAUCCUCGUCCUGCCACUCUUUGCAGCUCUCCCUCAAGCUGCCCAGCAACGCGUCUUUGCCCCGGCCCCUCCUCGCACGCGCAAGAUUAUUAUCGCUACCAAUAUUGCCGAAACUUCCGUCACUGUGUCUGGGGUGCGGUACGUAGUCGACUGCGGCAAGGCCAAGGUCAAGCAGUUCCGCACCCGCCUGGGAUUGGAUUCGCUUCUGGUCAAGCCCAUCUCCAAGUCGGCGGCCAUCCAGCGAAAGGGUCGUGCUGGUCGUGAGGCCGCCGGUCAAUGCUUCCGGCUCUACACUGAGAAGGAUUACUUGGCUCUCGAUGAAACGAACACCCCCGAGAUUCUACGCUGUGAUUUGAGCCAGGCGCUUCUGAAUAUGAAGGCCCGGGGCGUCGACGACAUCGUCCGGUUUCCUUUCUUGACUCGACCCCCACGCGAGGCACUCGAGAAGGCCUUACUGCAGCUCCUGAACAUUGACGCCCUGCAGGAGGAUGGUCGCAUCAGCGAUGUUGGUCUGCACCUCGCAAAGCUCCCGCUUACCCCGACGCUGGGCCGCGUGCUCUUGGCUGCUGCGGAGAAUGGGCAUGACUGCUUAUUGGAUGUCAUCGACAUCAUCUCAUGCCUUAGUGUCGAGAACAUCUUCCUCAACACAAUGUCCGAGGAAAAGAAGGAAGCCGCCGAGUCGGCCCGACGCGAGCUGUACCGGCGCGAAGGCGACCAUCUGACGAUGUUGGCGACCGUCCGGGCAUACGCGGGCGAGAAUGUGGACCGGAAGGUGUGGGCUGAGCGGCAUUUGGUGUCCCAUCGGGCCAUGCAGUCCGUGAUGGAUGUCCGCAAACAACUUCGGACUCAGUGCCGCCAGGCCCAGAUGCUGCCUCGCGAGGAGCAAUCAAAUCACACCAGCGAUCCCUCGCCGGAACUCAUCCUGCAAAGCUUCCUGAGUGGCUUCGCGACUAACACCGCCCGCUUGGUCCCCGAUGGCAGCUAUCGAACGGUUGUGGGCAACCAGACGGUUGCAAUCCACCCCUCGAGUGUGCUGUUUGGCAAAAAGGUCGAGGCGAUCCUGUACAACGAGUUUGUGUUUACCAACCGCAGUUAUGCGCGCGGGGUGAGUGCGGUGCAGAUGGAUUGGGUCGGUGAGGCCUUGGCGGGAUGA